CCUAGUUUCUCAUUGAUGAAAAAAUAAUUAACACUUUCCUUGUCGAUCUCUCUGGGAAAUAUAAAAAACGCUCGAUCUCUUUUGAUACGAGACGUACGUGAAAGUGAUCAUUAAUAAAGAAGAAAGAAGAAAAUGGUAGUGACUACUAUGCUGAACUACUACUUGUUUGUUAUCAUAACUGGAUGGUUAUUAAUGUCAAGGUCGUCAACAGUACUAGCUAUACUUGUCAAACCUGGUUGUCAAGAAAAGUGCGGAAACAUAACUAUCCCAUUCCCAUUCGGAAUUGGAUCAUCCAAUUGUUUUCUUAACAAAUGGUUCGAAAUCUCCUGCCUCAACUCUACUUCGCCUGUCCUCGAACACAUUCAACUACAGGUACUUGACAUUUCUAUAAUUGAUAAUUACGACUAUAGACAAUCCGAAUGGGUUCAGGUGAGAAGCCCCAUCAGUUUCUUCAACUGUGCAAAUAAGACAAGCAAAAAAUCAGCAAACUUAACAGGAAGCCCGUUCUACUAUUCUUCUGAGAAUGGCUUCGUUGCAGUAAGUUGUGGUGCUUUUGCCAAGUACGAAACAAGGAGUGGUAACAGGGUCGUCCAGAAUGGGUGCACCAGCAGCAGCUCCACCUGCUCAUCAUCAUCAUCCAAUGGUAUUGAUUUUAGUAAUUGCGAUGGUGUUAAAUGUUGUCGUACUUCUUUCGAAGCUAGUGACAGCUUCAAAAUCUCCAUGGAUAAUGAUUCUAGUACGACUCUUUUAUGA